GGAGGCGGUCGCCGCCACACAUGACGACCACCGCCAGCCCGUGCCAGUCCCCGCCUCGGCGGGGUGACACCUGCUGCAGCAGGGCGGAGUACAGGCGAGACAGCAGGCGGCCAGCAGGCCUACCAGGGCCAGCAGUUAGGGGCCCACGCCGGAAGUGCGGCCUUGGGAGGCCCGGACGCGGCGUGGCCUCUCUAGGCGCGGUGGAGGCCGCGUCUCUCGGUGGCUCCGGAGCGCGAGUCACAGGCGUCAGUCAGGAGAAAGGCGCCGGGCAGGGAAGGCGGGGACCGCGGCGGACUGGGAAGUGUCGCGCUCUAGGAGUGGUUGCCUGGGAGGCGUGGGCGGGGAGCCCUGGGAGGCGGGGCGCUCCGGGAUUGGCGGGUGCGCAGACGGGGCGGGGUGUCCCCUUUGUCUGAGUGAGGUGCGGGCGGCCGCUUCUGCGCGUGAGGCUGCGACAGGGACGGUGAGUUGGGGCGCGGGCAGCACAGGGAACCUCUGCUCGCGCGGCGGGGGGCCGGGACCCUCCUCGCGGCCGGGCGCUUCCCACAAGCGCCCGCUGCCCUCUCCAGGCGCACUCCGAGCGCCGCCCCGCUCUCGCCUCCGCCGGGCCCUCCCCGCCCCGCUCCCGCGAACUGCGAGCCCUGCCCAGCGGGUGGUUCUCGACUCCGCGAGCUCCAGCCUCUCGCGGCGCCCGGGGGAGGGCCGGCGUCGCGGGACCGCUGUCCGCGGGGGUCGCUCUCAGCGUCCCGGCGGCCUUGGCGUCUCUCUGGGAAAAGUGUUUCCUCCCGAGUUCACCUCCCGCCUCCAUUUUCCAUCGAGGCUCGUUUCCCGGUUACUUUGUAAAAGCCCUUUUUCGUGAGCGCGACCAGCCUUUCCCAGAGUCCGCGGGUGUCUGCCUGCUGGAAGCUUGCCGGGGCGCUUCAGCGGGAGACGGCGUGCCGCCUUUGCAGCCGAGCCCUCGGUGUGCGCUGCCCUUGGCGUUUCCUUUCUCAUCAGCUCGGUUCUUUAACCUACGUGUCUUCUCAAACUGUCAUUUGACUCCGGUUAUGGUGUUUUGUUCCGUUUUGAGAUGGAAGAUUUCGAGUGUUUAAUGGUCAGAUAUUUACCCUCGAGGCUUUUGGCUUUGUGCUGUGUUUUAAAGGGCUUUCCCUAUUCCAAGGUAAGUUUUUAAAUAAAUUCUUGUUUUUCUCUGGUACUUGUGAAAUGUUGGCUCCAUCUGGAAUCAUUUUGGUGUGGGGCAAGUUGGGAAUCCAGCUUAUUUCUGACACAACCUACUGAAUAAUUCAUUUCUCCAUUGAUUUGGAAAAUCACCUUUGUCACAUGUUAAAUUCUCCCAAGUCUUGGGCCCAUUUCUGGGAUUCGUGGUGCUUUGAUGUGCAAAGGUUUUGAUUUUCAUGCGGCAGAUCUGUGGAUCUCUGCCCCCCAGACUUUAUUCAGGUUCUUUUUAUGAUGUAAUUUAAAAAUUUAUCUCUUAUUCAUUCAUUAGCCGAAUGCUUUCAGUAUAUGAUAUGAAAUGAUCUCAUUUUUUUCUGUCUUUUGUUUUGUUUUUUGUUUUUUUGUCGUAUUUUUUUAAUCUCUGCUUUUGCUUAGCUUUCUGGGAGAUAAGUUGAGCCUUGUGCAAAGAUCUAAGUUUAGACCCCUUGUCCAAGUGCCGGUUACUGGACCAUCUUCCCCGGGAUCCGUUUGUUUAUAGACGUGGCCCUGCUCUGCCCCUUCUAGUCCAGGCCCGCUUGGCUCUCGGCACCACGGCUUUGUGGAUACAGUGGGCAGAAUUAGUAUCACAUUUCUAAGGUUUAUUUUAACCUUGUUUCUUGUUGCCAUCUGUGAGUAGGACCUUUUUCGCUGUUUAUUUCCUGACUCCGUGUUGCUGGUGUGUAGGAAAGCUAUCCGCGUGGAUGCAUGUUUGUGAUCAUUUACUUCCGAAGGUUGCAGGGUUGCGCUUUGGGCUUAACGGGUGGCUCAGAAGUGCCUCUUUGGAAGGUGAUUCCACCCUGGAGGGUGGGGCUCCGUGGAGAUAAAGAAAGAGGGGGCAGGCCUUCCAGCAGGAAAACCUGGGGGUGAGGACGGUGAGGAUGAGGGUGGCAACUCUGGGACUGGGGGUGUGCCUGUCAUGCCUGUCACUGUGGGCGGGGACUUUGGAAGGAAGGCUCUUUUACAUCCAGAUCAUCAGCAGUUCCAGCAAGAGCGAUAAGUUACUAAAGCUUAGCUUACAAAACAAAAUAAUAACAAACGUUAAGUCCUAAGCUCUUUGCGUCUCUGCAGUCCCGUUUUUACUUCCUGUCCCUUAGUCACCGCCCGAGCCAGACCUCACUCGGAGGUCUCACUGCGGUGUGGCCGCUGCUGCAGGGAAUGUUGGCCUGUUCUGGUUUGUUUGGGUUAUUCUUUGGCGGGAGUUCCAAAAGACGAAAUUCCUGCAUCUGAAGAAUGACGGUGACCCGUUGGUGGGUGGGUGGGUCACUGUUGUGGGCACCCCCGGGGCGGGUGCUUUUUGUACUUGCCACUGUGUUGGGGGCGGCGUUGCCUCCUUAGGCAGCUCCUCAGAGCCAGUUCUGACCCUUGGUGGUGGUGAUUCCGGCUCUGGGGACCAUCUAAACAGGACUUGUCCUGCCCACCUGUUCGCCCUUCCUGAUGCCUGGAGCUCUGGGCAUCGAGGUGGGGGUGGCCUGGUAAAAGCCGGGUUCAGUGCCCAGGUGGCUGUGUCCUCCCUGUGGUGUCUGUUAGCAGCCUGCAGUGCGUUUUGCACGUCUUUGCAUCUGGCACAGACUUGUUCCAGGAGACCCAGACCUUAUCUACCAAAGUGCAAAAAAAAUGAAAAACUAGCUAGUAGCACUUUUUAAAUUUGUUUUCUUUAUUUUUUAUCAGGAUGUAAGUGUCUUAUUCCAUUUGUGCUGCUACAACAAAGCACCACACACAGGGCAGCCUAUAAAAACAACAGACGUUGAUUUCUCACAGUGCGGAGGCCGGAUGUCCGAGGUCAGGGGGCCAGCAGGGGCGGGUGAGGCCCUCUUCCUGGCUGCAGACUUCCUGUGUCCUCCCGUGGAGGAAGGGGCAAGGGAGCUCUGUGGGGUCUCUUAUCAGGGGGACUCCACCUUCAUGACCGAAGCACUCCCAAAGGCCCCACCUCAUAACACCUUCACAUUGGGCAUUAGGAUUUCAACACAGACAUAUACAUUUGGGGGACACGGACAUUCAGACCAGAGCAACAAGCACACUUCAGGAUACUUCACGCUUUUUCCCUUUGGCAGUUUGCAGAGGUCAUCCUAGGCAGAGGCCUUUUGCUUUUGUGCUUCUCUGGGACUCACCGCAGGUGGGAAUCUUGUCGCCUUCUCCCUCUCCACCCCUCUGUGCCUCAGGCCCGCUGGGUUUGAGUUAAUCCCAUCGGGCAACGUGAGGCUUAGUCAAGUGCUCUCACCUGAGAGGAGGUGUGUCAUCUCUCUGUCUUACUGGUGUGGACGAGGGCUCACACCCCCUCGUGGCCCUGAGGUCAUUGUUUGUGAAACAGGAGCAUCGUGGACACACUCCAUAUCCCAUGCUUUUGCCGACCUGUCUGGCCACCGGGCGCAGUCUGAGUCUUGGUCUUAGCAGGUGCCGGACUGGUGUGUGGAAGGACUGUGGCUUUGGCAGCGGCACCAUCCUGAAGCCUCUGCUUCUGAAGCCACACGACUCACGUGGGAUUCGAGCUCAGGGGAUGAGCCUCGAGCUCACUGUUUUAAUUGAAACCACACACCUAGGCUCAGGACUUCAUGAAGCUCAGGCUGUGUAUGUCGACGGUCCCUAACCUUUUUGGCACCAGGAGGCGGUUUCGUGGGAGACAGUUUUUCCACGGACGGGGUCGGGGGGGGGGGGGGUGGUUCAGGCGGUAACGCCAGCGAUGGGGAGAGGCAGGUGAUGCUGUGCGACCCGGUCCAGUACCCGUCCGCGGCCUGGGGGUUGGGGACCCCUGCUCUAUGUCUCAGCGCAGAAGGAAUUCAUAGUAAGAGGCAAAGUGAUGGGUGAGAAGUCGAAUUAUUUAGAGAGGUACGCAUUCCUCAGAAUGUGGUCCGUCUCAAAAGGCGAGAGCGGCCCUGAAAUACGGGGUGGUUACUUUUUAUGGGCCGGGUAGUUUCAUAGGCUAACAAGUAGGAGAGUUGUUCCAGCUUUUUCAGGGGAAGGGCAGGGGCCUCGGAACUGUGGGGCCUGUGGGUGUGUCAUUUAGCUGAUGUACUACAGUGAGCAUAUAAUGAGGCUCUGGGGGGUGAGUCUUCCACCGUCUUGGGCGUGGUUGGUUCUAACCAGUUUUUGUCAUAUCUGACAUCUGUGUGUUCUUUAAGGAUUGUGCUCUGCCCCCUCCCCUCCUGGUCUCACGUCCCUCCCAGGAGGGCUUGCACUGCCUAAGGAUGUAUCUGCUGCAUCUAAAUAUACUAGGUGACUUUCCCACCUGAGAAAGAGCCUAUCGGAAACUCCGCUUCCCCAUUGCUGCGGGCAGCAGAUGUUCGCCUUGCACUUGUUGCUGUUCUGAAAGGGGGAGUGUGGUCUCAUUGCUCCUGUAAUUUCAUACACUUAUUCAGCAAACAUUGAGCCACUGGCUGCUCUGCUGGGGCAGGAAGGGGGGUGUGAGAGCGACGAGGCAGAGGACCUCGGUGAGAGGAGGGGCCUCGGCGACAGGGUGACAUGGCCAAGCACCAGCCGAGGGGCAGGAGCCACCCCAGCCAAGGGGCGGCCCGGGCAGGGUUGAGCAGCCCCAGGAACGGUGUAGGGGCGGGCUGGGGGUGGCCUUGGAGCCGAGAACAGUCACUGUGUUCCCAUGGUGGGGCAGGACAGGAUGGUGCUGCCGCGGCCCAGGUUCUGGAUCGUAUGCAGGUGCCAGAUCAGCUGGGGCAGAACCGGGUGGAGGGCGGGGUCGGUGUUCGAUGUUAAGUGUCUGAGGUGCUAGAGGACACCCGUGUGGAGAUGCCCGGUGGAGGGAAGGAGGUCGCCGGUUCCGCACAGCAAAGGGAGCCCCUGGACUCCACUGGACGUUCAGGCCUGUGCGGCGGGAAGCAGCUCAGGUCACAGGCACGAGCUCGGGCAGGAGCUGGCCUGGCCCAAGGCCUCGUGGCCGGCCACCAGCACCCACUGGGGAGGCUGUGAAUGGGGUGCCUGUAGCCGGGUAUGGUCAGCCCGUAGUACAAAUGACUGUCCACCUCUGCUGGGUUCCCAGAGGACCAGAGCUGUGCCGUUAACAAAGGUUGGUAUCCGUUUUCGGGUGAAUUCUGGGGUACUUUUAUUCACUCCUUGAAUUCUAAUCGAAGACUCCGGUUGAAAUUCUAAUUAGAGUCGUGGUGCCUUUACACGCACAGACACGCACGCACACACGUUUUGGGGGAGUGGGCAUUUCUGCUGGACGGAGGGGUGGGCGGUGAGGGCCAGCCUCUCUCUCUGCCAAGGCUUCUGCUCCCCAGAGGCAGCCACGGUCAGGAGUUCAGUGUGUAUUUUCCUGAAAGUUGUGUGGUAAACGUACUCAUCCACUGGACGUUUCACAAAGAAAGUGAGGUGGGGGCUCCCUGACAUGCUCCCCCAGAGGCCCACAGUGUGAGGUGAGGCGUCCUGCUUGGGGAGGUGCCUGCCUGAGGGAGCUGGCCUCAUUCUUGCGUCGUUUUUCCCCGAGCAAUCUGCCUGCUGGGCUUCUGUGUCCCUGUUGCGGACCCGCCUCGGCCUCCAGGUGAUGUCAGCCCCAUCGCCCUGCCAGGGGAGCUCUUGGUCCCCACUUCUGUGUGGCAGUUGGGGGGUGACAGAUAGCUUACUUGGCCUGGCAUUUCCCCAGAGCCUGCCCACCGUCGGGCCUCCCUGUCAGGUGCUCAAACCAAAUCCCUGGGUCACUCUGGACUCCCACCAGAACCCAACCCCCGCUGGAGCCGCCACCGGGGCAGGACCAGGCGUGGCCAGGGCAUCGGUGAGCCACAGGAGGGCCUGGCAUGGGGUCCCCACAGGAGUGCGGCCCUGGCAGGACUGUACACGCCCAGCCUCUCUGGAGGCAGCCAGGCCCGGUGCCUCCCUGGAUGACAGCUUGGCUCCUGUGAGGACGCGCUCACCCGGGCCUGUGCGCGCACUGCAGGCCAUGCCAGUCCCACAGGCUCCUCCGAUUUCCAUCUUCCUCAGAUACCCCAGGGACCAGGUGAUGGCAGCGGCCAGGCUCCUACCGCCACCGGCGGUGCCCCAGGCCAAGGUGACCUUCGAGGACGUGGCCGUGCUCCUCUCCCAGGAGGAGUGGGACCGCCUGGGCCCUGCUCAGCGGGGCCUCUACCGACAUGUGAUGAUGGAAACCUAUGGGAACGUGGUCUCCGUGGGAAUUCCAGGAUCCAAGCCCGAGGUGAUCUCGCAGCUGGAGCGAGGAGAGGAGCCGUGGGUCGUGGACAAACAGGGAAAUGAGGGGCGCCGGGGCCUGGGCACUGGCCGCUCAGACAACUUCACGUGUGACCACAUGACAGCUUGUGUGCAACAAGACAGCACGUCCUGUCCCUGGGGAUGUGAAAACACGGAGCGGGACCAGAGCAGAGCCUUGAGUCUGAGGCCACUCACUUCACAGGAAGCACCAACGGCUCUGAGGAAAACGCCAGCUGAGUGGAGCGACCAGGGAAGCUGCGAGCCCGAGGAGAGCUUCUGUCUGAGUCCCAGCCACGCCGGCCCCCCUGAAGGCCGGGCCUUGAGUCAGGGCAUGCCUGUCGCUCAGCGACCAGCCGUUCCUGGCGGGGAGAGACCCUACCGGUGUGUGGAGUGCGGGAAGUGCUUUGGCCGGAGCUCCCACCUCCUCCAGCACCAGAGAACCCACACCGGGGAGAGGCCCUACGUGUGCGGCGUGUGCGGCAAGGCCUUCAGCCAGAGCUCGGUCCUCAGCAAGCACAGGAGGAUCCACACGGGCGAGAAACCCUACGCGUGUCACGAGUGUGGAAAGGCCUUUCGAGUGAGCUCAGAUCUUGCUCAGCAUCACAAGAUCCACACGGGGGAGAAGCCACAUGAGUGUCUCGAGUGUCGCAAGGCCUUCACACAGCUCUCCCACCUGCUCCAGCACCAGCGCAUCCACACCGGGGAGAGGCCCUACGUGUGCGGCGUGUGCGGGAAGGCCUUCAACCACAGCACUGUGCUGCGCAGCCACCGGCGGGUGCACACCGGGGAGAAGCCGCACGCCUGCGCAGAGUGUGGCCGCGCCUUCAGCGUGAAGAGGACGCUGCUCCAGCACCAGCGGGUCCACACCGGGGAGAAGCCCUACGCCUGUGGCGAGUGUGGCCGCGCCUUCAGCGACCGCUCCGUCCUCAUCCAGCACCACAGCGUGCACACAGGCGAGAAGCCCUAUGAGUGCAGCGAGUGCGGCAAGGCCUUCCGGCACCGCUCCACCCUCCUGAACCACGAACGCAUCCACACCGAGGAGAAGCCCUAUGGCUGCUACGCAUGCGGCAAGGCCUUCGUGCAGCACUCCCACCUGACCCAGCACCAGCGGGUCCACACCGGCGAAAAGCCCUACGUGUGCAGCGAGUGUGGCCACGCCUUCAGUGCCCGCAGGUCCCUGGUCCAGCACCAGCGGGUCCACACGGGUGAGAGGCCAUUCCGCUGUGCACAGUGCGACAAGGCCUUCAGCCUGAAGGCCACGCUGAUCGUGCACCUGAGGACCCACACAGGCGAGAGGCCCUAUGAGUGUAGCCGCUGCGGCAAGGCCUUCAGCCAGUACUCGGUGCUCGUGCAGCACCAACGCAUCCACACAGGCGAGAGGCCCUAUGAAUGUGGGGAGUGCGGCCGCGCCUUUAACCAGCACGGCCACCUGAUCCAGCACCAGAAGGUACACAGGAAGCUGUGACCUUGGCCACACGCGAACCUGCACUUGGGAACUUGGGCAUCCAGCCCCAGGAAGCCUCCAGUCCAAGGGAGGUGCCCGUCAGCAUCACCAAGUAUCACUGAGAAGGGAAGCACUGACAUGUCUCUGGAAGAACUUCAGAGGAUGCCUCAUUUUUUUCUCUCAACUUCUUGAGGUUACACUGCAGAGUAAUUACACAAUUGUAGAGAAUUUUGGUGAAGACAGUUACAAUUCAUUAUUUAACAUUAGUUUAUUAGACGUGAGAAAGUAAAGGAAGUUACUGUCACAGUAAAACUUCCUCACACUCCAAAUAGAGGGUUUUUUCUUAGAACAUUAUAUGCCUUUUUCCUAAACUCAACAACUGUUCUGAGUAUUGCACUUAAAAUUAGAAUGUUGGACGAUAUUUUCAGUAUUCUGUUAAGCACUACAAUGCUGUGUGGAUAAAAUGACAUAAAAAAGAUUGUCACUAAGUGUCGUAAUGUAUUAUGGCUGAAAAUCCUGUGUGUGUGGAACCACUUGUUUUGUAUGAAAACCGGGUGGC